AGUCGGCGGCGGCGGCGGCGCUGCCGACGCUUAUUCCCGCGCCCAUGCCCCAAUGGUACACUGGCCAUCCGUACAUCAAGCAGCGCCUCGUCGACAUUGGCGCGUUUGAGGCGAGUCCGCAUCGCGAGGGCAACAGCGUGCUUGUCAAUGAGUAUCUGCCCGGUCAAGGCAUCAUGGCGACCAUCUCUCUAGGUUCGCACACCUUGCUGGACAUCUAUCGCUACGUCGACGACGCAGACGCGACUCUCUCCACGUCAACCUCUGCCGCGCAUGCCGACGCGGCGCCGACGGAAGCGCAAGCAGCAGCGUCUGCCACCACGCAGCAGCAAGAGCAGCAACAACGUGCAAGUAGUGGCUCCCGCUUCCGUGCACGCGAACAAAGCCCGGCCUUUUCGAUUCUGCAAGAGCCGCGAAGCUUGCUGCUGACGAGGGGCGAUGCUUAUACGUCAUACAUGCACGGCAUAGCCGAGCGCGACGCCGAUGCUACGCCACACUUUGCGCGCGUCAUCAAUGCCGCCCUCGUCGAGGCGCCGGCGCUGCGUGGCGCCCUCGUCGAGGCGGGCGUGGCGACGCAGGCUGCGCCUGGAGCGGCAGGGGUAGGCAGCAUUGCUGAGGAGGAGGCGCGAGGAGGAGAGGCAAAAGAAGGCGAGGUGAAGAGGGAGAAGAGAGUCAGCAUCACGGUGCGCGAUGUGCCGCGCGUGGCGAAGGGAUUGGCGGGGUUGCUGAGACGCAAGUAAGGAAGAAGGGAGAUGAGGAGGAAAUGAAGUGAUGCACGCUUUUAGGCUGGAGACGUUGAACGAGGACGCUU